CAUUUCCGGGAAAGUUAUAGCCACUCCCUGCAGUGCUGUCGUGAUAAUGGUCUCGAGGAGGGAGGGGCCACUCAAAGGAAAGAAGGGACUCCACACAAUGGGAGACAGUUUCCAUGACCAGCUAUUGGAGGACAGUCGGUUCCUCAGGACAGACCGUCGACUGGACACAGAACUAGUGGAUAAGCUCAUCCUGCAGCUCAACAGGAUCUACCCACAGAUCCUCACAGACAAGGAGGCCACCAAAUUUAGGGACCUUGAUGUGCCCACCUGCGUCCGACUGGCCGAGCUCCUGGCUCACCUGCAGGGGAAAGGUGAAGAGGCCUGCCGGGAGUUCUACCGGGCGCUUCACCUGCAUAUGGAAGAGGUGUACUUCAGCCUACCAACACGCCUCCGCCUCAGAGAUUCUGUAGACCCGUUCACGAUUACAGCCUCACCCACCCAGCCGAGAUAUGUGCUGAACGACCGAGGUCCUCUGUUCUUCCUGAGUUGUUUUGGUGUUGCGGUGGGGAUGGCUCUACUGUAUUACUAUGGCGAGGCCAAAGUAACAGGGGGAAGCGGGGCUCUUGGCAUGGCUGCUCUUGGACUGGGCCGACGAGCCAGAGAGGUUCUCAUAUGGUACGCUGAAGACCCCAUCAGGAAGUAGUCUGUGUCUCCACUACCACAGCAAAACAAGCACUCCAAAGGUGUUUCCGGACAUCCAUAACACACUACACAAAUACCCUUUUCACAUUACCAUGCCAACCUGAACCAAACUGUGCUGGUUACAGCAACUGUGGUCGAUGAGUAACUGGGCCAGUUGAUUACAGCUUGGUUUGGCUCAGUUCAGUUUGUUUCAGUGGUGUGAAAAGCCAGGGGAUUAUAACAUUGUACAUACUGUAUAUAGCAGUUUUUGGCUUUAGGAAUCUUGAGGGUUUUUUGGACAAUUUGUCAUAUAGCAACUGGUUUUCUUAUGAACUUUCAUUGUCUUCAUAAUGGUUAGAUAUUAGACAUGCGUCUUCUCUGGUGAAAGGGACUAUUAUCACACUAAUGCUCUGUUACUGAACAGCAUCUUGUCAAGAGCCAGCCUCCUUCCGUUGUUCUUUUGGUGUGGUUUGGACACAGUGUACAGAAACCAAUAAACCAGACUCACUUUAAAUGAACCUUUCCUACUGAAUGUGUUGUACUACUUGCAGUAUGCUCAGGAAAUUGACGUUAGGAAACAUCAAACGGCAAAGGAGGGUAUUUAUCAAAUAGGAUGUUUAUUUGUCUACUUAGCUUACUGAAGGAAACCAACCAAGCACUACGUUUUAUUGCAAUUUGAAUUGUAAUAUCAUCUCUGUUAUCAGGGAGGAUCUAUAAAUGGAAAACAUGAUGCCUUUCAAUUUGAUCAAUCCAGAUCCACUAUGCUUGUAGCUAGAUUAAUGUGUGACCCAACCAUAUCAGAGCAAUUGUAAUAUGUUCACUAGAACUAUCACAUUAUAGCGGUUGAUUACACUCUUUUUGAGUGACAGUAGUACUUAGUUACUGUUUUUGAAAGUGUUCAUUUUGUUUUUAUGCCCACUGAAAAGCCAAUGCAAAGUACAAUUCAGGUCUCAGCCGUGUUUCACCUCGGUCUGUUUCUCUCUCACUUUUCUCUAAUGUUAUUAAGUGUUUUCAAAGUUCUCUCUAACACAGUGUAAAGCCAUUGUUCGCUAACUUGCCUUAAUCUGUGCUUUGUUUGGUACAGGAAAUAUUGUUCAUGGGGGAAGUAGAUUAUAACGGUUAUAAUGUUUUAUAGUAGGGAAAAGUAUACAGCCUACCUGAUAUAUAUUCAGUGUGUAGACAUAUGAGACUGUCACAGCUCCAUCUACUCUGUGAGGAGAAAAUCCUGACUCCCAUUUAAGUCAAAUGGACAUCAAUGCAUAGCUAAGUGGUUUUAGUGGAAGUUAGGCUUCUCCCCACAUUCUCUUAACUGCCUCAUUCUCACAAGUGCCAGCAUUAUGAUUUAUAUAAUUGUAUGACUUUUCACUAUUUACUGUUUUCAAGCCUUUCUAUCGUGGACAAUACAAAACAAUAUCUGGACAAAUUGUUAGUUUUCAUUUACAAACUUCAUUUCAGAAUAGUACAGUUUUCUACUGCAUACAGUGCAUCAAACAACAAAGUGCAUUAAAAGUGGGGCUAAAAUAUGAUUUGGUCCUUCAUUUAAAAAAAUAGAAAAUGCCUUCAAUCAUAAAAAAUAUAUAUAUAUUGGCAAAGCUUAGGGUCUAAACAUGGCAUGAAAUAUUAUAUAUUUUUUUACACAUAAAUUGUGAUGGUACAUACUGUACGUUGCAUAGAUCUGAGAUCACAUAUAAGGCAGCAGGCAAAGUCUGACUGUCCGGUUGUAAAAUUCAAGUAACUUAACAUGAGAAUUUUGGGUAAAAAUCCACUAAUUACCAACAUUUUGCAACGCUAGAUCAGUGGUUCACAAACUCUUCACACCCCUCUUGUUGACGGAGAGAACAUUUAGCAGGUUUAAAGCACAUUUCCUGCAAUUCUAUACACUCGGCAAGCCUGCCCAGGGACUGUGGUUGAAAAUUAGCCGGCUGGCUAAAACCGGCACUUUUACUGAAAACGUUGAUUAAUGUGCACUGUCUCUGUAAAAAUAAACUCGACUCAACAUGAACACACAGAAUAUGUAGGAAAUGAGCUUUAAUGGAGGGCCAUGGAGGGCAAUAUUUUUGAGAGGCAUUUAAAAGCUAAUUUCCUACAUUCUACACAUUUUGCUGUAUCUUGUGUGUGUUCAUGUGAUAGCUGAGUGACUCAAACAAUACAACAAAAUCAAUGGGCUAAAAAACACAGCAGCUGGGUCUGUACAGCUUGAGUAUUUCUAGAACAAAGUUACCAUGACAGCAACUCUAAGAUAUGAGAUACUUUAGUGUAUGUGGACACCCCUUCAAAUGAGUAGAUUUUGCUAUUUGUUUGUCAGUGACAGUCUCUCUCUUCCCAUUCAAAUAUUUGUUUUCAACAAAAAGUUCAGUAAAAGACCCAUGUGAUUCCAUUUGAUAUUGCGAGGGUUGUUUUGUUUGCUCUUUGCGCUGUCUAUGCGUCGGUAUAUUGUCUAUAAAAGUGGAUCCUCGUGAUUGUAUCGUUUUUCCCUAAUAAAGGCCUAAUAAAAUAUUUCAAAUGA